GAUCUGUAGGCAGAUAUGGUGAUAUUAGAAAGAACAAUGUUGCGUUUGAAAACCUUUAUCCUAAAUCUAAUAUCUCAAAUAUCGGAGGUCAAAGCUCCGGUAGACGACCUCCCUUUUCAUCAAUAAUAUCUGGAUCGACGUCGUCACAAGCCAAGAGGGCCUGAUCACUUAGUGCAACUUUGGACUAUCAACGGCUGGGUAUACUAGGGAGGUGACAGAGAAGGAGAUUAUAGUUCUCGUUAUCUAAUAAUAAACAAAGGCUAACAGGUUUUCAAUGAUCUUCACAACCCUGAUCUCCCUGCCAUUGUCAUGUUGUGAUUGCGAACCGCUGGUAAUAGAGAGUGUCCAUCUGCUUCACCGGACAACGAAGGACUCGAUGAACAUCGCGUCUGACCGUAAUUGCAGCGAUGUCGUUGUCAACUUGGAUAAAGCUUGUGAGCCAAAAGCAAUGACAGCAAUAAUACUGAGUGUCCUCGUCUCCCCAUGGGAACUGCAAGCGACGUCGAGGAGUCAUUCUAUCGCGAAGCAUGCAAAAUUUCCUGUGAGAAAACCUUUAAUGUCCUGUCUCUUAACAGCGUCGCGGCUGAGCCACCAGUCCCGGAAAGUCAACAUAUAUCACACCUAUUCAGGGGUUGACAACUGAUGAGUAUGUCCUCCGACCCGAUGAGUGGUAAUUCCCCGAAGCCUGGCGACUCGUAU